AUGGCCUUGUGGCCAUUCCGCCGCAGGGGCUCUCGCUGGCGCGGUCGCACUGCCACUGCCCCGGUAGACACUUCAGAUCUCGGUGCGACCGGGCGAGGGCGUCAAGAUCGGGCUGCACAGCGAGCACAGACGGAUCCAGCCAUCUCCACCACUACCACUGGGCCUCCCAGAGCAAGAAGGGAUGGGUCAGGCAAGUUACAACGGCGAAACCGAGCUUACAGCUUUUCCCCAGGUCGGAAUGAUUCGCUGCGUGUUGCCAAAACCAGGAAAGAGUCAGUUCCCCCUUUACCUUCAGGCCCCCUUCGCGGCGUCACGAGUGAAGUGUAUGGAAGCCAAGGGGGUCCGUCGGUGUCGAAUGAUGAUUUCGCCGUCCGAGUGCCCACUUUACAUCAUGACAACUCUCGAAACAAACGAAGGGCCCAGCCGUUGCCACGGAAGAAGUCAAGCAAACGCCGGAAAGAGGAUCAUGACCGCGAGGCCGAGAUCAAGGCCAUGAGCCAGUUUAUGCCUGUACGUCCUGCCACAGACAGUUGGACAGCAGGCCGUCCGGUCAAACAGGAUAGCAAACGUUACCGGACUGGCCUGAACAGAAGCUGGGACAAGCCCUCCUCUGACAUAUCCUUGCCUACACCCGACUCCGUCCAUUCGUCCAUGUCUUCAGAUUCCGAACACGUCUCCUGGAAGAUAUCCGCGCUAGAUGCAUUAUCUCCUCGACCGACACUGCGUUGUGCCUCGAAUCCAGUGUAUGGUCCAGGACCUGGCUCAGGGCCCAUGCGGUCACAGUCGACCAGGAGGAAGGUUUCAGACAAGGGCACGAUUCCUGAAGAGACGCUCAAGGCUCAUAAGAGAGUCGACACUCUGGCGGAUGAUCUCGAUGCCUCGGAUCUGCGGGAGCUGAUGGAACGAGACAAGCGGAGGAGAGAACGUCAGAAGGAAAAGGAUCAGGAGCGGAUAGCGAGACGCUUGGCUAGAAGGGCAGAGAAGCAGCGGGCCGAAGAGGCUGCGGCUGCUCGGAAUGGCACGCCUCCGCCGUCGAACCUAGAGCGCGGUGUUCUCGGCCGAGAACUUCCAGAGUCCGGCCAUGAGCAGACAUCAGCAGUUGUCACGUCCUCGAGGCGGAGAUCUUCGAGUGAUUCGCCAGGAAAAGGCAAACAACCGGCCAAACUGGACGAGUCGAUAACCCGAGAGAGAACGCCUUCCCCGUUGGACGAGUUCCAUAGAACGGACAGUAUCCAACCCGAGCCGGCCUCACUAACAAACCUUCCUGAAACCGAGGUGCAAGCCAACCCCGAAGAGCUAGCCGCGCGUCAUUCUUCAAGCCCUAAGAUAAGCCCGAAGAUUAUGGAAUUCAUUCGAUCGAGGAAGUCUCGGUCUACGUCACCUACGCAUCCUGGCCACGAACAAGCUGGAGUAAGCUCGGAUUCACCAGUACUAGCUAGAACGGAUGAUGGAGAGUCUACAAGUCGGACAUCCGGUAGCAGAUCUACUCGUCCAUGGAAGUCCUUCUUUAAGUGGGGAAGGAACAGACGCAGCUCUGGUCCCUCGUCAUUUUCGAAUACCUCUCGAGAUUCUAUGUCCGCAAGCCAGGCGCCGCCUCCCGUCACCUACAUGGUACCGCGGAAGUCAAGCUCGGGCGUGCCAAAGCGGACUAUGUCUCGUUUCCGGGAAGACUUGCCCGAACUGCCCGUUUCCCCUCCGGAUUCUCGUGUAGCUUCCCCUGAAGACCGACCUAUAUCUACCGAGCCCCUGCCCGUUAUUCCCGAUGAUGUACAGAUGCGCUAUGACACGCCAACCUCGGGCCGUCGAUCCCAGGAAGCCAUGCGUGCUACUCCAAGCUCGUGGCACCGAGACGAAAUACAGCCUUCACCGGCACCGCAGUCCAUGUCGCUUGCGUCUAUCGAUUCGGAGGGAUCUUGGCUCUCUGGUCGGGUUGGCAGGAAGCGAGCUUCAUCCGGCAUGCGUUCUCUUUCACAAUACCCCCCACGAACUGUAUCUGCUCUAUCGGGAGGUUCGGAAGGACAAGGUUCACAGCACACGGAUGACGAUAACCUCGCCGAUGACGAAUACCUGAACAGCGUCGUUCCAGCUCACCUACACCGCGGGUCCACAGGAGAGGCACGUCCCAGCAGUGACGAGGAGGAAGCCGAGGCUGAGCCUAAAUGGGGCGCAAUUGGCCAGAUGCCCGUCAUGCAUCACCGGGAGACGAUGCGAAGUCGAGAGGGGCUCCUUUUGUCGUUUGACGAUGAGAAGGAGUUUGGCAAGUACAGUGAGGGUGAAGAGGACCAAAGCCCCCAGCAAAGUCCUGAGCAAAGUCCUGUCCAGCCACAGCGGGCAACGAGCGUAAAUCUUGGCAAAGCGCAUGCCCGUAACUUCAGUGCGGGUAGUGCAAAGCUCCUCGAGAUCUCGCCACGACCUUCUGGCGAGCACCGGAGGAGUGGACUGAUUGAGAGAGGCACGCAGUAG